AAAAACUGUUUAGCUCAUCUUUGUGAAGCGUGUCAUCCUUAGUGCAGGGGCCAUGCUAAUCUUCUCUGUAUCGUUUCAAAUUGACCAAAUGUCCCGAAGGACAACAGUUGCCCGUUAAUUGCUCCCCAUAUACCCCAACACCAACCACCACGUCACCGCCACGGUACCAAGCUCAUCUCCCAAACACCAAUUAACUUAGACUACGGUAACUUGCAACCGCUCGAUACAUCAUUGCUUCAACCAUCGCGCACAACGGCUCACGACAAGACAUCCAAAACCAAACCCACCGGAAAAGAGGAGCAAGAAGAGAAAAAAAAAAAAAAACAUAUUCCGAGAUGUCAGAAGCCUACGAGCGGGAAAGGUACUUUUAACUCCUCCACCAACCCCCUUCCCCCUUUUCACCGGCCACCCACUAACUUACCUUCGUCCGAAAAAAAAAAAAAAGACAGAACAAUGCUCGCCUCGAUGAUCUCGCUUCGAAGGUGACUUCUCUCCGGGACGUCACGGUAAAUAUAUACGAUAGCGCUCGGGACCACGAGAUUAUCGAUGACUCGGUUCACCCUCCCCUUCGCUCCCGACUGUCUUCGGUUGACCGGUGGACUAACCGUAAUCCCCCUUUUCCCAGAACGAAGUCUUCGCAAAUUUCACGACGGGGUUGAAGCAGAGUGCCGGUCGGAUCACGCGCAUGGCGGCCACCGGGAGUAAAGGCCAGACAAUAAAGCUUGCAGGUAUGAUUGUGGGUGGGGUUAUUGUCUUGUAUUUGCUUUGGGGGAUAUUCUUUUGAAGGGGGGUCCUUAUGAGGGCUGGGUGGCGAUAAUGGAUGAUGAUGAUGAUGGUGGUGGUGGCGGUGGGCAAGUUCUUUGCUGUUUGAUUGAUUGAUUGGUUGGUUGGUUGGUUGGUUGAUGGGAUUGAUUUACCUCUACAGGCGUUCGGGUCGUUUGUAAAGUACUGUACUGUACUCGCGGAGCAAGGACGAGACGGGAUCGAUAAGCUACCUCGGGUUUACGGCAUGUUUAUAGUUGUCGUUUUAUUUUUUCGCACAAAGUGGAAAUUACAAACAGCG